GUUUUUUUUAUUUUCCCAGCAAUCAGUACAACCAAGUCAUCGUUAUAAGGCAUCGCCCUCUUUUGCCCACCCCCCCAGCACCAGGUGUGGCCACUAGCCUAUAUGAAGGCCCAAAAUUGUGUGUUCCUUUCUGCUCUGACAAUGGCAUGCCCAUUCGUGCGAGAUGUGGUGGAUGAAGAAGCACUUGUGCUGAGGAGAGCCUUCAGGCGAGAAAGGGUCUUCAGGGACCGGUUGGACCCACUGGCCUUCCCUGAUGACCAUCUAUAUGAAAGAUACAGGUUUUCUGCAGAUGGCAUCAGGUAUCUAUGCAGACUACUGGGUCCCACGAUUAAGCACCGCACUGCUCGGAGCCAUGCACUGAGUGUGGAGCAAAUGGUUUGUGUGGCCUUGCGCUUUUUUGCUAGUGGAGCCUUCCUGUACUCAGUGGGGGAUGCAGAACAGCUGAACAAGGCCACAAUUUGCCGCACAAUAAGGAGUGUGUGUCUGGCUAUCAAAGCAUUAGCAGAUGUCUUCAUCUCCUUCCCUGGCCACAGAAGACUCUGACAUCAAAGAGGAGUUCUAUAGGAUUGCAGAUGGUCUGCAAUGCUGACUGUGUGAUCAGCAAUGUUGUGGCAAAAUGGCCUGGCUCAGUCCAUGACUCCAGAAUCUUUCGGGCCUCUGAAAUCUAUCAGUGCCUAUCACAAGGUGAAUUCUCUGGUGUGUUGCUGGGAGACAGGGGGUAUGGCUGCCAGCCUUUUCUCCUGACACCUUUCACAGACCCCCAGGAAGCACAGCAGGCCUACAACCAUGCCCAUGCCAGGACCAGGGCCAGAGUUGAAAUGACCUUUGGCCUCCUGAAGGCACGCUUUCACUGCCUUCACAAAUUAAGGGUCAGCCCUGUUAGGGCAUGUGAUAUUACUGUGGCUUGUGCUGUCCUCCACAAUGUGGCCUGCCUGAGGAAGGAGAGGGCCCCCAGAGUGCCACCAGCCAUGGACUGGGACAAUCCGGUAAUCUUCCCUGAUGACGACAGUGGUCGGCUGCUGAGGGACCAAUAUGUGUUGAAUUAUUUUAGUUAGUAUGUGUGCUUUCAAUUUUGGUUAAAUAUGUCCUGCGGUGGCAGAGGAAUUUGGUUUUUUUUGGGUUCGUUUUUUUACGAAUUUGGCCUCUUAUGAUGAUUGUGUGUAAUACAAGGCUGCAGGGAGGCUACUGCAUCCAUUCAUUUGUCUGUUCAGUUGAUGUGUAUGGAUUUGUCCUGCAUUUAUUUUAGUGUGCAGACAUGCAGGGUGUGUUAUAUACAGACCUUUGAAUGUGUAUGUAUCAUUUUGUAUAAUAUGCUUGGAUUCUGUGCUUUCCAUCUUGUAGAGUCACUGUGACUUCAGUUUCGAAAGGAGCUGAUGGUUU